CACCCGUUUCUAACUCAACAAAAACACUCAGAACAAGACGUGACUGGCACCAUGCUGCUCAUCAGGAUUGUUUCUUUCUUGCUCCUUGGAGUUUUCUCCACAGCAGCUCUGAACGUUUUUCACACAGCUGCUCGCUUUAAACAGCAGAGACCGAGCCGUCCUCCAGUCCAGCAGCCACCAGCUGUCCAGCAGGGGAAACAGGAUUUCAGGGAGCCUUUAUCUUGGCGUUAUCCUGAACCUCCGGCUGAGGAGGAGCCUCGGUAUCCUCCUCACUUUGAGCUGAAGACCCCGGCCCCUGCGCAGACCAUCAGUAUCGCGUGUGGGGAGAACUCCGUUCGUGUGGAGGCCAAGAAAGACCUGCUGGGGAUCGGUAAACCUGUCCCGGCUGCUGAUGUGACUCUGGGAGGAUGUCCUGCCACAGGAGAAGAUCCAGAGGCUCAAGUUCUGAUCUUUGAGUCUGAGCUGCAUGAAUGUGGCAGCCAGCUUCUGAUGUCAGAGGACACGUUCACCUACGUGUUCACUCUUCUCUACACUCCUGCUCCUCUGGGGAACAGUCCCAUCGUUCGAAGCAGAGAGGUCUCUGUCAGCAUUCAGUGUCACUAUAAAAGGAAGCAUGAUGUGAGCAGUGGGCUCCUGAAACCAACCUGGAGUCCGUUCAGUGUUGACAAAAGUUCAGAGGAAAGUCUCUAUUUCUCCCUGAAACUCAUGACUGAUGAUUGGCAGUUCACUCAUCCAAAGCCUCAGUUCCUGCUGGGUGACAUGAUGAAGUUUGAAGCUUCAGUCAAACAGUUUCAGCACAUUCCUCUUCGAGUGAUCGUAGACAACUGUGUGGCAACUGUGGUCCCAAACGUUGAUACCGUACCUCGAUAUUCCUUUUUAGGAAACAGUGGGUGUUUGUUUGACAGUCAGCUGACUGGGUCCAGCUCACGGUUCCUGCCUCGGACUCAAGACGACAAAGUCCAGUUUGAGGUCGAGGCUUUCAGGUUUGAGCAGGACUACAGUGGCGUGCUCUACAUCACCUGCAGUCUGAGGGCCACAGCAGCUGCGUCACCCGUCACCUCCACAAACAAGGACUGUUUCUUCACUGACGGGUGGAAGGAGGCGAGCGGGAACCAUCGUGUCUGCUCCUGCUGUGACACAGACUGUGGAAAAGAUGACGGCAGUGACCUGCUGAGAACAGGUUCUCCGCUGGAGGAGGAAAGGACUUUUGGACCAAUCAAAGUGAACGACUUACCCCUAUAACAUGAACUUAAUAUUUCACCUGUUAACUUCAAACAUUGUGCUUUUUAAUGCUGAAUCCAAAAUGUCAAACUAAAUAUUUGAACUCUGCUCAGUGAAUCCAGCCUAAACCAUACAAACAUCUAAGCACAUUUUAUUUUGUUUUUAUUUGUUUUACUCUUCUUCUUCUUUAGAAUCCCUUCAGGUUUUGGAGUGGUUGGUAAUGAUUUAAAAUCAGAACUAAUAAAGGUCUUUCUGUCCUCAGUUAAGAAGCAAAUUUAUUAAAUGUUUCUUUACAGGAGAAAAAAACUACAAGUUAAAUGUCAAUAUGUAAAUGAACAGUUU